AUGGAUAGUAACACGGGUUCCCCCUUGUUUAUUGCCCAAGAGACUCUCUGCUUCUAUCCAAUCAGUACAAUCAACAACUCAUGUCCACGAUAUCUCUUCUAUACGCUUAUGCUUGCGACCUGUGUCACUCGAUGGACAGGAUGGGUCAUGAAUGUAUUCUUAGGAACUGCAGCGACAUACGCAGGGACUGCUGCAAUUCACGCCUUCAUCAUGGCUUCUAGUUACCAAACACCCCAAGACCCUGGACCUGUCACUAUUCCAUACCUGUCGGCUAAUUUCAGCUUGCGAAAAGAAUUCCCUUCAUUAAUCACCGAAACAGACCAUGUUAUGGUCUCACCCGCGUCACUUGAGUUGGACUCAGACGCUGUUCUUGCCAUUGUUGUCACUGGUUACCUCGUCUUUUUGCCCCUGCAAUGCUGGUCCCGUAUCCUAACCCACGAUCGGGCACGAAAUCUUCUCUUUUAUCUAUGGAAUGCUCUCAUGUUGGCUGGUUCUAUAUGUGCCCUCGUUUAUGCCGCCAAAUUACCCAAAACGUUACCGCAGUACAUGUUUUGUUUUCCUGAAAUUCCGCCUUUCGAUGACACAACAAAUGACGGCUGGCAAGCCUCAUGGAGAACAUCCACGUGGAAUAACAGUGUGUGGGAUACGUUUUCGAACAUAUCAAGAUGGAACCAACUGGGAGAUAUCUGCUUCAAUCCCUGCUUUAAUUCAACCCAAAUAUUACGACAGCCAGGAUCAUUGAAUUCAACCACUUCCGAGGGACAAUUUAAAGUCGCUUCCUCACAUAGUUUCUGGGGAAAGGUCCUUUAUUCGCAUCGGUACAUCUACAGUCUUAUCAUUCUCUGCCUGAUCCUGAAUUGCCUUCUCUUGACUUACCGAUUUCUACCUUAUCGAUCGCGGAUCCCAUCGGCGCAGAUCGUGGUCAUCUGGAAAGAGCGAAAGAAUAUGUGGAGAAGCUUCAAAGGCGAAGUUAUUGAUGCUUUGGAAGCACCAAACAACCUGGAUAGCAAAGAAGUUUUGAGACUGACAAGCAAGAUGGCCUGUGUCCGGCGCCGAAUGCGACACAUACUCAGCCUUUGGUUUCUCAAGGCUUUUCUCCAUGUUCUCGUCGACGCUGCAAUUCUUUUCGGAAUACUCUUCAGCAUGAUAAUCAGUCCGUUUACCAUCAUUGCAUUUGUCAUUUGGAUAGAGAUCCAAAUCCAUCGUGACGGAACAUCAGAGGAGAGUCCGAGCCAGGUUGGUCAGUGGGCGUACUCUACAUCUCUCGCACUGCUUGUGAUUUCAGCUGCAAUUCUAAAACUCAAGUAUCGACUCGCUUCAUCGGCUGAGCUCGAACGUGAGAUAUCUGCGUUGAAGGAACACCUAGGGGACUUGGAGAAAAUGAAGGAAGCAUACUCGGGGUCUGACUCAAUUGAACUCAGAACUGUGAUAGGUCAAAGCAAGACAAACUAG